GUGAGCACGGUAUCGGAGUGCUGAUAAGUUGAAGAUUAUAAUUGGAAUAGAACGGUUCUUGCGGUGGAUGCUAGUCAUAGUAGGGGCUUACAAUAUUGUAUUAAAGUGUGUCGCAUAAAUAAUGUACACGGUGUCCAAGGGUCCUAGUAAAUUAGUGGCGAAAACGAGAAGAGGAAUACCACAAAACUAUGAAAAGUAUGAAUUAUUGCGCGACUUAGGACGGAAGACGAACGAUGAAUAUGAUAUUUCGAGUGAACUCAGUGUUCCACGACCUGUGUUUCAAACGUCUAAGAAAUCUGCAGCAGCACAAUACGUAAAGUUGCAACAACAGCAACAAAAACAGCUGAAGUCCGAACAGGAGAUCGUUAGUCCCCAGCAUGAAGAGUUAAUCAAAUACAUUAAUGAUUCAUGGAAUAUGGUGGUAGCGGCAAAUCCUUACGAUGUUCCUGGCUCACCUAACAGCACGGGUUCGAAUUGCUCACUAUCCUCCAAUAGCAGUACCAGUUCCGCAUCAUCCAACACGAGUACAUCGACGAUGUACUAUAACGAGCCGCCUAGUCCCGUACUGGUCGACUUUCAACCCUUUGACCUCGAGACUUGGUGGGGGAAGAGAAUAUUCAACAGCAUUACGAAAAGUCUGUAAACUACAUAGACCUUUCCCCAUCGUAUUUUAAGAAUUAAGGAUAUAGAAACCGAUGAAUCGUCCUUAGAAGAAAAAUUAGCUGUGUAGAGCAGGAUCAAUUGUUCGCUCGAUUGGAACCUAUCGGCGAGGAUUGUGCAAGGAAAGAGCGCUUGCAAUGAAUUAAUUGUUAUAAGUGAUUGCAUGCUGUGUGUGCGGAAAUUCGCUAGUAGUCCAGGAAAAGGUUUGAGUAGAGAUAAAAGCUGAAAUAAUUGUUAUGCUUUUAGGUUUCAGUGGAUGCGCUUUUGAUCAGUCAUAUCCUAUUCGUAUUUGUUUCUUUGUGCAAUUCUUUCAUCCUUAAAACCUCUGUGAGAUCAAAUUGUGUAGUUCCUACCAUACAUUUUUAUUUGUUUGUCAUGCAUCAUGAUCGUUAAGUAGAUUAUAGAUUGCGGAAUGCCAAUGGAACAUUGCCAUUGGAACACUAUUUCGUGUAUUUAGUUUCAAAAUUGGCACACAUGUUUCAGUUGAGUCGUUAAUCCUUUGUAGGGAACUUUUUCUCGGUUGUAUUUAUUUUGAGUAAUGAAGUUCACUGCAACAAGGAGAGCGGCAAUAUGAACUGUUCAAUAGACACGAGCCGAUGUGAUUGGUUCUUUCUGUGUAUGCGAGAUUUCUUUCAUAUUGCUACCGAGAGAAUAAACACGUGACAAGAGUAAAAGCUGAAUCCCGACAUGCGUAGCAAAUAAAGAUUGAUUUUGGCUUGAAGUUCAACUAUGUGAAUUUAGUACUUUAACUAUGUUUGUAAGGUUGAUACGUUUGUUAUAGGCUGAAAAUGUUUGGCAUAACCUGCUCUCCUGAAAAUUCACGCGUGCAAAAGGCAGU